UCGACCGCCGACUCGAACGCACGUCCCGCCCCGCAAAUUCAAAAAUAACGGGUGUUAUAAACCGCUGUGAAAUCAGGCAAAAGUUAACUGUGUUUAUCGUGAUAUAAGUUCUAAAUUAACCAAAGUGCUUGUGAUUAUGUGUGCUAUCCGGAACUUUUAGGUUAUUAGAUGCAUUCACGUGAUUAGAGAUAACCAUAUGAACACAGCAAAGUGAAGAUUACGAUAUCGGAUAUAAACCUGAGAAGCCUGAUUAUAAAAUGUGACAUAACAAUGGCAGCCACUGACGGGCAAGUCGUAGUUGCAGCAUCGCGCUGGUCUGAGGAAGGCCUCUACCUCCGGGAGUUCGUCGUCAAGAACCGCCUCCCAAAUGUCGCCAAGAUCAUCAAAGGACAGUACGGAGGGCUCGGUGUACCCACACUGCCCAGCCCCGGCCUUCAGAGCACAGCCCUCGUCGUCUCCGCGGGAAAAAGAAAGAAGAUCAUCGCUCAAGCCAUUAAAUUGAAAGAAGGCAGACGCAUGGUCAGUAUUGGACCGAGAAUCGCUAUCCCCGACACGUAUAAAGGAUAUUUCGAACUACUCAGUGAAGAAGGCAGGGCUGUGAGGUGUAUAGAGUCAGUAUCAGAACUAGCUAGACGAAAACUAGACGACGGCUGCUUAGUAAGAGAACCAGUGAGAGUUAUAUGCGCUAAAACAGAUUUAGAUGGAAACAUAACAGCUGAUGGCGCGAGGAAUCUGCCAGCUGGUGAAGUAUUAAUGCCCAGAGGAGAAGUUUUUUUAGGAAAGAGUAAAUAUUUGAAAUGUACUGACUCGAAAGGUGAUACGGUAUUAUUAAGUUUGGAUCAGCGGGGAAAGUUCUCGGCCAUUGCGAAAGAAGAAAACAUAAGUGGCGUUCACACAGCUAAAACUUUAUUGACUAAAAGAUUGCCAAUAACAGUGAGAUUAGUUCACGGAACGCCACCAAGAGGCUUGAAAAGUGCCAGUCAUUUCGUACCAGAGAUACGCCUCUUAUCCAUAUUCGAAGAAGACCACGUCUUCGCAUUGCCUUUGCAAAAAGAAGGCAACUCGCUCAUUGCUUUACCUCUAGCGGCACCUUUGAAAAUGCUUAGGUGCAAAAACGAGGAGCAAAUUAAGAAUUUCAUGGAAUUUUCGAGGCUGGUGGAAAAGUGCAAUCGGUUGUUAAUAGAUGUAGUUGAUAGAAUCCACGUGCUAGACGGAAAACUCGGUGAUCCUAAGAGGCUCUUGAACGCGCCCCUUCACGCACCACCGUUAAUCAAAACUGGCUAUUUCUUACGACGAAGCGCUUCCUCCGAUUCAGCUAAUCACCACAAGCACAUGAACAAACACAACCAUAUUUACAGCAGCCAUAGAGACGAGAAUAGCAUCCCCGAUGAGUACGAUGAAAUAGAUCAAAUCUACGAUUACGUACGGGGUUUUGCCCCGCUGCCGAAGACUAUAAAAGCGUCGUAUUGCAAUGAUAUAUCUCGUCACGAAUCUGCACCGUCAUCACCCGCUCCGACACCUAUACACAUGCCUCUAAUAACCGAAAUAAAACCAGAACCGCCGCCCAUAGAGACAAUACCAACAAAGAAACCGCUGAACCAAAAAGCAGAGAAGCGAUCUCGUAAAACUGCCAUAACGCCCACGCCGAUAAAGGAGAAAGUAUUAGCGCCAGUACCGAAUCUACCUAAGCUGUACAUUAAGAACAACGUGAGCAACACGAAGAGUAGAAUGUUGUUCACACAGAAGAGUCAUUCGCCGACGAAAGAGACCCCUAGUCCAGUAACUAGUCCAAUAAGACCGUUGACGAAAGGUGAUUCCCCGAUAUUUAAUAUACGUUACAAAAGUCUGUCGAACAUACACCAAGCUAUGGAAUUAGAUGGUACUUUGGACUCGAGUCACUCCGGCGGCAGAACGUCUGGUGAUUCUGGCAACGGGCCAAAAUUGCCAGAAAAACGUUCGCGCAAACUGAGCAGGCCAAAGUCGUUGACGAAUCUAGUGUGGGAGCUGAAAGGCUGUCCCGUUGAAACGAAUGAGAAACCAAAAUGUAGAAUUAAAAACGAGGGUUACAAGAAACUUGGGAACAAGUUGUCUCUGGGAGCGCAGAAGAGAGUUCCCACGCUGUAUCUUUAGUUAUUCUGGUCCACGCUGUCAUAGGCGACACGUCAUGGAGCGGGAUAACAAGGGCGACACUUAUAAGGCUAUGGGUACAUCGAGCGGGAUUUGCGUGUGAAGUUUUGGAGCAACCAUGCAUACAGACCCUUAGCCAUUGAGGAGCAACAUACUGCAUGCAGACAGAUCCUUAGGCAUUAGUUCAACUGUACUAAAUAGCGACAAAAAUUGUUAAACAUCUUGCAUUCGAGAUUAAUUAUGUUGUGUACAAAAAGUACAACUUUAUCAGUGAAUUCGCAAAUAUACUUAAAUCCUUACAGAAUUUAAUAAGAAAAUUACUAAAUUGCCACCAAAGUAAAUUGAAUUGAUUGAAAUUCAAUUUAUAGAGUGAUUGAUCAAAAACAAGUCGCUGUUUAGUAUAUGUGAGUUAAAAUGAAUUAUUUUUAUAAUAUUGAGAUACCUAAUAACUUUUUGAAACAUUGCAAUGAAUAUCGUAUCCCAAGAAACAAAGAAAACGCGCAUAAAACGUUGCCUUUUUCCGCCUCGUUUGUACCUAGCCUACCUGUAAUCGAACGCGUAACAUGACAUUUCACAAAAGGCCUAAAGAAUACCCAAAAUGACGAGAACUGUCAAAUUGUAAAAUCAUAUUGGUAUUUAUUUUUCAAAGAUUCCUAAUUAUAUUAAAUGUCUAAUUGUUAUUUUCUUACCGAAAAAAGAAACAUUUGACAGUCGCUUCGAAGUUGGACGUCAAAAAUUUCAAAUUUGACAGUUCGAAAAAAAAUCAUCCAAUAUGGCCGAUAAUACAUUUUGAUCUCUUAAUAAUAAUUACUAUUUAUAUUAAUGCCAUAUUAAGGUAAAGCUUCGGUGUUCUUAGCGUUAAGAAUUAUCCUAAAUACCUAGUAUAUUUCCCUUUUAAUGUUUAAUCGUAUUUUCAAAAUACCAAAAUCUUGAGGUGCCUUACUAUAUUAUGAUAAAUUAAAAUCACCUUUUCGUCUAAUCUUAUUAUUAAAUGAGUCACAAUUUUAUAGUUGUAAUACUUUAAUAUGCAUUUAUGGUAUUUUAAAACAAAUGUAUUUUAAGAGCUGAUUAUAGUUUUUGAUAAAAUUGUUAAUUGUCUUAAUUAAUAACCAAUAUUAACGAAUUUUAUCAAAAUCUAUAAAAUACUGUUAUAUCUAUUAGAUGUUACACAAUGAUAAUUUUCUUGGAGGUUCAAAUAUUGUAAUUAAUUAUUUUUUUGAAUCUUUAACAAAGUUAUCGUUUUUAUUUCAAUUCUGUUAUAAUUUGUAAUUUGUGGUACUAUUUUGUUUUGACAAUAAUAUUUGAAUUUAUUUAUACGUUUAACAAACCAUUUUUAAUCGGUCAGUAAUUAAUGUUUUGUUAGUAAUUCAUUUUUGUGUAAUGUAAGAAAAGUUAAAUAAAAUGAAUAAAAGAAAAUAAAGUUAACAUUGAAUU